AGCCGCAGCCGACGGGCGCUGCUGCGGGACUGGCUGGCUCGCGCGCGUGGCGGCACUUUGGUGCAGGCUGCGCGGGGGCGGGCGUCACGUCUGGACGUGGCUUCGGGGCGGAGGGCGAGCGGCAACGUGAGCAGGCGUCCUGCUCGCCACCGGCCGCCAGCCCCAGCCUUGCCUCGCCUCGCCUGGUGGCGCGUCCACACGUGUGGCGGCGGCGGCGGCGGCGGCGGUGGCGGCGUGUCGGGGAGCCGAGGGAGGAGCGCGUCGCUGGGAGCUUCCAGUGUGAAGGUGUUUCCUUCCCGCCAGCUGCUGAGCCUGCAGACGGGACCCCAUGUGGAGGCUCCUGGCCCUGCUGUGCCUGCCCCCCCUGGGCUCUGGGACAGCCCCCAACACGCUCCAGCCUGGGGCCCUCACCGAGGAGCAGGACGACUCCCAGCGCUGGCUCCAGACCCCGGGCUCGUCCCGGGCCCCUCUGGGGACUCCCACUGGGCUGCCCGACCCCCCCGACCCCCCCGCCUUGUCCCUGAACCUGGGGCUCAACUUCAAGAUCAAAGUGCGGAGUCAGGGCAAGGGCUGGCCGGGGGAGGGGCCAGGGGGGGCCAGUGCCAAGCCCGGGCUGCCCCCCACCCAGCCAGCUGCCCCCACCCACUCCCAGGCACCAGUCGGUCGCUUCUGGGCCGAGGCCCCGGGGGGCUCCGGUUGGCUGGGGGGCGGCCCUGCUGACGAGCUCCCCCCCGGCCCUGGCGGGUGGGCCUGGGAUGCCUCUCCGGGACAGGCGGACCCCGACCUCCAGGCCCCCGCCCCCACCCCCCAGCAGCCCCUCACCCUCUGGCCGAGGCUCGCCGAGAAGGGCCUGGCCGGGCCCCCUGGGGAGGAGAGCAAGGAGCUGGAGUUCAAGAUUGACAUUGACCUGAUGGCCGGGCUGGGCAAGGAGGGCCGCCUGGCAGCCAACAGCAGCGGCGGCGGCGGCGGCACCAACGGCAGGCAGUACCAGCUGCUGCCUGGCCUCCGGCUGGGGAUUUCGGAGAUCGCCAGCAGGCUGGGCGCCCCCGGCCUCCUCGGAUCCACUCUGCCCCCAGAGGUGUGGGGGCCGCCAGAGGGAAAUGCCACCGGCGGUGCCAGGCAGCAACCCGGGGACUCCCGACCGACCCCGGUGGGGGCCUUGGAGCCAGGGCCGGAGUCCAUCAGCCUGCCUGCCUCGCCCGGGGGCAGUGGGGGCACCUUGGUCGCUCUGCCAGGCUGCUUGCUGGACCACCCAGAAGACUGCAGCUCCCCCCUGCCCGAGCAGCCCGGCUCGCCCCUGCUGCCAGCCCAGCCUCUCUCUGUGCCUCUGCAUGCCGACUGGAACACCGCUCUGGCCGAGUGGGGCCCGGCGUGGGAGGCCCACCUCUUUGGGGCCGGCGCCCUCUUUGCCCUGCUGGCCCUGCUCUCUCUGCUGGCCCUGCUGGCCCUGCCUUGCUGCUGCCCGGCCGGCUGCACCCUCUUGGCCCUGCUGCACCUGCUGCUGCUGGGGGCCGGGGGGGCCCGGGCCGUGCUGCUCUUCGGGGAGGCCUGUGGGCAGCUGGAGCUCUUCCCGGCCCUGGCCGUGCGGCUGCUGCAUGAGCUGGCGCUGCCCUGCCUGACCUCGGCCUUGGCCGCCACCCUCCUGCUGCUCUCGCGGCGCCCCUGCCUCAAGCUCUCCCGCUCCGGCGGCCGGCGGCACUCCUGCCUGCUGGGGGCCCUGCUGCUGCUGCACUUCUCUGUGGCCACGGGGGCCGCCUUGGCUGCCGACCUGCUGCCCCACUUCCCCUUCCUGCUCUUGGCCUCCCGGGGGCUGUUUGCCCUCCUGGCCGCCGUCCUCUCCGCCUCCUUCCUGGUCUUCUUCUGCCUGGCGCGGGGGGAGACCGCCCAGGCCUACGACCUCAAGAGCAGCACGCUGCCGGCCUGCCGCUGCCCCUUGGCCAGUGCCCGCCAGUGGCGCCGCGCCGCCUGCACAGCCCUGCCGGCAGCCUCCUUUGGGCUGCUGAGCGCGGCCCUCCACACCUACGCCAUCCUGCACGCCCUGGGCUAUGGCUUGCGCCCCCAGCUCUUUGGGCCCUGGGCCUGGUGGGGGCUGCAGCUGGCGGGCCGGCUCUGUGAGGCGGGCCUGGGCCUGCCGCUGGCUCUGCUGGGCCUCUGCCCGGCCUUCUGCUCCCCCCGGGAGGCUGGCUGCCGGUGCUGCGGCCAGCUCCUCUGCCUCUCUCCGGGCCACGCCGUGGCCAAGAGCCACAUCCUGCCCGGCAACUGCCAGUGGGCCCUGAACCAGCACGAGAAGCUCGUGGUCUGCGACACCAUCACCCGCAGCGAGUCGGACUACCUGCCGCUCUACGGCCUGCCCGCCGGAGACCCCCGAGGGGGGCAGCUUGGCUGGGGCCGUCCCGAGGCCCGAGCCCCGUCCCUGCCCAGCAUUGCCCUGGACGCCAACGACCCCACGGCCGACUUCCGCCCCCCUUCGCCCAUUGAUCUGCGGCGCAGCAUCGACGAGGCCCUGUGCAGCGAGGGCCUCUUCCCGGGGGGCAGCGGCAGCGGCGCCCUCUAUGCCUCCAGCCCCCUCUCCCUCCGCCUGGCCAGGGGGCCGUGGCUGGAGAGUGACUUCUGCCGCACCGCCUCCUGCCUGGAGUUGGCCCCUGCCUCCUCGUCCCAGGCGGAGGGGGGGCCCUCUCUGGGGGACACCAGCGGGCCCCACACCAGCCCCGGCCACUGGAGGGGCAGCAGCUGCUCCAGCUCUCCUGGCCGGCACUCCGCCACCGAAGCCUCCACCCUGGCGCUCGGCUCCAGCCCCGGGCAAGGCACCUCCACGGCCGGCAGCAGCCCCCCUCGCUCCCCCCCACCCCCAGGCCGCCAGUACUGGGCUCGGGGCCCCGUCUCCCAGGAGUCCCUGGCUUCUUCCCUGGGGCCGCAGCCCGGAGCAGACACCGCGCUCCUGCAGGAGGAAUUCAUGGAUGUUUGCCGGCAGAUUGACGCCCUCAGUGUCAGCAGCGACACCAUCGACUUGUAGGGGCUGCCGGCUGGACCUCAGUGGAGGGGAGACCCCCACCCCCCACGGCCCAGGCAGACCAUGGCCAGGGCACUGCAGGGGGGCACUGCUCGCGGCUGUGAGGAGGGGGGACGCCUUUGGUCUUGGCUCUGGGGCAACUCCCCGUGGGCCUUCCUGAACACCUGCAGAGCCCCAGGGAUCUGCUUCCAGCAGGAAGGGGGGGGAUGAGAUGCCUGCCCUGCCCAGCUCCACAGGAAGGCCAGGCCCCGCUGCUGCCGCCCACGCCCCUCCCUCCCCCCCCGGCUCUGCUGAGGUCUCUGCUAGGAAGGGGGUGGCUGCUCCCCCCCACUCACCCCCCCCGCUUGUCUGCAACAAGAUUUUGCCCCUGUUAGUAGCAACGGAAGUGAAUACCCCCCCAGUUCUGUGUCACUGAAUCCCAAGCGAAGGGUGGUGGUUCCCCCCCCCCCCCCGCAGCCAGGGCCGGGAGGGAGGAAAGGCGAGGGGCAGAGUUUGAACCCUUAAGUUAUGAAUAAAGAUAUUUUAUGGA